GCAUCGUGAUAUCAUUUGGGUAAUCAGAGAGUAUGACCUUUGGUAACCUUUCACCUGAGCGUCAUUUCCGUGUCAGCUAUUUGGUCGAACUUCAAGAGGUUUUGACUUCAAAGGAAGACAUCCUUUAACGCGCAUUCCUUUGUACAGUGUGACUAUACAUCAGGAUGUCCAGACAACAGGAGUUCAUCUGUGGCCUCUCGCACGAGGUGACCAUAGCAGUCCUCCCCAGAUUGAACAUGGAGGAGCUGAUAUUUGAACUCAACAGAAGGAUUGGAAACCUGGACCAAGAGGACAGCAUCAAGGACAGGCUGGUCAGUAUCCUUAGGGACGUGAUGUUGGAGGAAUACCGGCAGUUGGAAAGUGGAACAAAAGCAGAAGAUGGCUCCUCAAUGCAAACGAUUGUGCCGGAACAAAAAUUUGAGUCAGCAACCAUACAAGACAAUGAUCUGACCGCUAACGCUGAAGCAGUGUCGACAAAGACACAAGCUCGACCUGAUGCACCAGAGCAAAGUUCUGGACUGGGUACUCCUAUGAACAAAGAAAACAAUGAUACAAGUAGGGGAGUGCCAUUGCACACGAAUAGUGUCGACAUUCACACUCUCAGCUGGCAGGUGCUGCAUACAAAUAACCCAACAAAUACUUCUUACCAACCUCCUUCUUUUUGCAUAAAGAAGUCUUUGGAAGGAGACAAAAGCUGGGAGGAACCACCUCCAGUUGCAGACCACAGUGACGUGCAUAUUAAGUUGGAAUGCCAUGUGUCAGAGGACAAUCAAAUCUCUGAACAGUCUCAACAGUAUAGGCAAAUGUCUCAACAGUCCAACCUUGAUCAUCUUGAAUGUUAUAAUGAUGGCAGGCAGUCUGGUUUGUCCCACAGUGAUGAAAGACAAAAAGAUGGUGAGGAAAUACCAUUGGCUACCUGUCAACCGACUCCAGACCAGGAUUGUGAGAAUGUGGGGUCCGUUCGUCCUGACAAUGACUCACAAAUCGGUUCCAAAAGCUACGUGUGUGAUGUGUGCAGAUUCAAAACCGUGGACGCAUCCGAUCGCUCCCAGCAUAGGCAACGGUACAGAGUAGAGAAACCUUUCAUGUGUGGCGAAUGUGGUUAUAGGGCAUCAGAUAAGCACCGGCUUGCCGGACACAUGAGAACACACACUGGCGAGAAACCGUUCAAGUGUAAUCAAUGCGACUUCAAGACAUCAUUAAAAAGUGCUCUAACCAGACAUAUGAAAAGUCAUUCGAACACUUACAGCUGUAAAAUAUGUGAUUAUCAUACCCAACGACAGCUCGACUUUAGCACUCAUAUGAAAUGCCAUGCUGGUGUGAACGCUCACAAGUGUGAUAUCUGUAACUACAUAACCACAUGCAAGACCACUCUUACUAGACACAUAAAGCUUCACUCCGAUGAGAGACCCUACAGUUGUCAACUGUGUGAUUACAGGGGAAAGGAAAGGAGAAAACUUAAUCGACAUAUGAAACGAGCACACAGUUCAAGACCAGACAAUCCAUAGUGAAAACCAGCAAAAUGGCUAGUUCUAUUUGUAAGGGACUUCAUUGGUUUGGAAAAAUCUUGAUAUACAAUGUAUAAAGUAAAAGAGACGACUUUCAGUAAAAAGGAUGGUUUUCUAAAAGCAUCAAACACUGAACUUUACUUUGUCAAUACUGUGUUUACUGUAGCAAAAUGAUCGCAAGAGGCACGUCAGAAACCAUACACGCUUUGCGAUUUCCAAGCAGCCAGCCCCGACUGAUGUCAGGUUCACCAAUUGGUAAUCUCCAGGUAGAUUUACCAGUGGUAUAAGCUCGUAUCAAACCUGGCUAAGGAGUACGCCUGGCCAAAGGAAGUCAUCAUUGAUCAGCCACUGGUAGCCUGGAGCACACUCCCAGGCCAGCUUCACUCCUCUGGAAACUUUUGGUACUAUCUCAUGCUACAAUAGGAUCUGCUUGGAGAUUAGCCAAUCGGGACAGAGACAUGAGGCGCAGUGAUUACAGCAUCUAGGCAGCACAUAAGGUUAACAAAUGAAACACACCAGGUAGGAAAGUUCAUAUAUCAAGAUACCUGGCGUUAAGUUAGUCCAGAACAAAUGUCUAACAAAUCAUAUGGAAUUUCCUACUUGUACAACAUGUGAUGGGCAGAGUUUGGGGCGGUAACUCAUGUAUGGAUACAUGAGAGAAUCUUGCACCAAAUUAAUUAGAUAACUUGUUCUGUUGUGGUUAAAAAUGUGAUGUGUCUGCCAGAAGUCAUACAUGAUUUCAUCUACCAAUGCGUCACCAAAGGACACAAUCCAUGUAUAAAAGCCUUUUUGGUUGCAAGUUUGUUUUGUUGUUGUUGUUUGUUUUUUGUACAGAAAUAAAACAUGGAAUUGUUG